AAAACAUUUUGGGAGAGAGGAUUCCGAGGAGUAAUAGGAUGGGUGACAUGUGUCUUUGCUCAUACUACAGUACAUUUUUUCCGAAGUUUUCUUUCCCUUUCUCUUCUUUUCUUUCUUGUCCUCGAGUUCUUAAUUUGGCGUAAGUGGAAAUUGAAAAAAAAAGAACCAUAGAAAUUUGUUGUAUUCAGGUUAGCUCGUACUACUAAUUUUCCGCGUUAUUUGUACAACUCUGAAUCAAGAAAAACAGGAUUUCGGUAAAAGGCCAUGGCACUCAGACGAUUAGCCAUUGUAGGCUCGGUCUCCACCCCUACUUCCCGUCUCGCAAGUCCAAACCCUCAUGUUAUUUCCACCAGAAGACCCAUCUCUGACUUUCUUCGUCGUCACCAUUUCUCUGCAUCAACUGACGAAUCCGCGUCCAAGGUUGCCUCUAUUAAUCCGGAAGAUCACCGAGGAUUUCAGAAAUGGCAUAAUGGUGGCGGUCUUUUCCACAAGUCAGCAUGCAUUGCUGCGACGGCAGUUAUAGAAAUUAGUGCUGUAGUUCAUCCGGAAGCUGUCAUCGGUGCGAAUACUCAUAUUAGUUCGGGGACUAUUGUUGGACCUUCCGUUACAAUUGGUCAAUCAACGAAACUAGGGUAUAACGUUGCACUCAGUAAUUGUGCAUUAGGUGAUUGUUGUGUGGUCCACAAUGGAGUGUGCAUUGGCCAAGAUGGUUUUGGAUUUUUUGUAGAUGAUCUUGGGGGCAUGGUGAAGAAACCUCAAAUCUUGAAAGCACUGAUAGGGCACAAUGUUGAGAUAGGUGCAAAUACAUGCAUUGACAGGGGCAGCUGGAGAGACACUGUAAUAGGGGAUCAUGCAAAGAUAGAUAAUUUGGUUCAGAUAGGCCAUAAUGUAGUUAUUGGGAAAUAUUCAAUGCUUUGUGGACAAGUUGGAAUUGCUGGUUCAGUGACGAUUGGUGACUACGUAACUUUAGGUGGACGGGUAGCUGUUCGUGAUCAUGUCUCCAUUGCAUCAAAGUCAUACCUGUCAUGUGACCUUACUCCGUUUCUUGGAAGCCUGAUGGAGCCUAAUCAUCUUUUUCUUUCCUGAAAUCUUCCCAUCCGUUCCGAUCGGUAUCUUACCUUGCAAGUAAAUUUCCUCAUGCUUACUCAGGUGACCCCACAUUCGAUUUCGAAUACUGGUUCCCACAGAGACCAUCACUUCUGCAGGUGCAUUUGAUAGUGCACUGACUAGUUUCUUCCACACCCAUGCUUCAGCAUUCACCUUGAACUUUGGUUUUGUCUUUUCUCCUCUUUGGUCGAAAGAAGGUAUGGUUUUCUGGCCAACAAUGUCUUUCCCAUAGUAGAAUGUCAACAGUGUGUCACUAUAGUAAAUAACUGAGUGUGGGUUUGGGUUUCGAAUCUCAAGACCAAACGAGAUGGUUCCAUUCUUGCCACCACCUUGGUUCACCUGACAAGUUGUAUUUCCAUUGUCAGUAGUUGGGACAGAGAACCAGACAAUUGCGUAAGUGGGUUGUUUGGGGUGUAGACUUAACCAUAGGAAGAAGAGUAUGAGACCCAAGACCACCAAAAUUUGGAGCAGCCAUAAAGGGAAGCUUUUGGUUUGGCACAUAUUUCUUGGGGGGAAUUUUAAGUGGGGCUUUUUAGGCAUUUAUUGGUUACCUCUGAAUAAAAUAUGGUUUGAAGAUAAACUAGAGUUUGUGAGAAACAGAUUGAAAACUUAAAGUUGAAGGUUGAUGCGACCAUGCCAGAGAUUUAUUUUCCUGCUGAAAGUAUUGAACACCAUAAAGAUUAUGCUUUCUUCUUGGUUGCUUAUUUGAUUUGUGUAACAGGUGAGGUGAUGAACUUUAACUUUGCUUCGGAAUAUUGCUUUAUGGAAAGGGUUAGAUAGGAGGAAGCAGCUUCCCACUUACCUGUAAAGUGUCAGGCUAAGGCUGUGUUUGGUCUCUGGAUCAUUUAUUCGUGGAUGGUAUAUGGCGUGAGAUGAAACUUAAAAAAAAAUAUAGAGGAAAUAAAGUGAAGUUAAUUUUGUUUACUCGAUAUUGAGAAUUUUUUUUCUUUUGUACAUUAAAGUACUACAAACGCCUAUAAAAAUAAAAAUAAAAGUACUUCAGACCCCCAAAGUCGAAGCAAAUAUAAGAUGUUUCCUAUAUGAUGGCCUUGAGAAAAAAUUGGUUGACUUGUAUUGACCAUGGCAGAAUUGUUGAUUGUCUAUUUUCGACAACUUUUGUGGUUAGUGAGUUAUUUUCUCUUCUCAUAUUCUUGCAAAUUAACGGUCACUAUUGCAUAUUCUGUUACAUUCCUCGUUAUGUGUAGUCAGGUAGAGAUCUUGAUAACAUUGUUUUGACCACACUUUUGUUUUUUGGUAAACAGAAUGCAUGGAGCCAUAGAGCAUUUAUCUUCUGUUUGCCUACUGACUUUAUAUCUUGUUUGCCUACAGACUUUUUAUCUCUCCAUGAUGUAUUAUAACUUUUGUCAGGAUGCUGACCAAUUAACAAAUCAUGAAUGAAUCUCUCAUAUAUAUAAAGUUGAUUAUAAUUUUUAACUACUUGAAUGAAUGUUGGCCCAAAGUAGUUGACUGCAUUUUUGGGCUUCAGGUGCGGCUAGCAGCUAACAGCUGCGUUACCAAGGACAUCAAUGUGCCUGGAGAUUAUGGUGGCUUCCCUGC